AUGGCAAAGGUGGAGACAGGAGAGGGGGAGAGGGAGAAAGAGACAGCAGGAAAUCACAGAGUCUUCACUGAGGCCGUCUGCACCCAGGAGGGAGAGCUAAGGAUCUACAACGAAGAGCGGGAGGCGCAGAAGUACGUCCGGCAGCUCGUCAUGGCCGUGGAGCAUCUCCACCGGGCCGGCGUGGUGCACAGAGAUUUGAAGAUUGAAAACCUUCUGUUGGAUGAGCAUGAUAACAUCAAACUAAUCGACUUUGGGCUCAGUAACUGUGCUGGAAUCCUGGGCUACUCAGACCCCUUCAGCACUCAGUGUGGAAGCCCCGCCUACGCAGCCCCAGAGCUGCUAUCCCGCAAGAAGUACGGCCCCAAAGUGGACGUCUGGUCGAUAGGGGUGAACAUGUACGCCAUGCUGACUGGCACGCUGCCCUUCACCGUGGAGCCCUUCAGCCUGAGAGCCCUGCACCAGAAGAUGGUGGACAAAGAGAUGAACCCCCUGCCUACCAACGUCUCCUCAGCUGCUGUGAACCUACUGAAAAGCCUCCUCGAACCUGACCCCGCUAAGAGGCCCAACAUCCACCAAGUGAUGUCCGACUCUUGGCUCCAGCUGGGAAACCCGCACACCCUCGCCCCGUACCUGAAUAGGAUUCAUAUCGAGGAGAUUAACCAAAUGGUGUUGCUGCACAUGACUGAGAAUAUGGACUACAAGCACAGCGAGGUCCUGAGUGCAGUGCUCACCAACCGUGCCUGCCACACGCUCACCGUCUACUUCCUGCUCAACAAUAAGAUGAAGCGGCUUUCCAAAGAGUACCGGGAGAAGGAGAACGUGGAGAAGGAGAAGAAGAAUGAGCUGUUCUUCCAGACUCAGUGGAGGAAGCACAUAGAGAAGAUCACGAUUCCCCCGAAACAGACUCCCGUCUACCUGGCUGUGAGCAAGGGCCCCACCAAAGAGAAGAAGCACAAGUCAGGCCUGCUGCGUGCCGUGACCGGGGGACUGAAGGACGCGUACUCCGGCCAGGGCGGCUGCGUGGCCUCGUCUUCUCUGGAGUACCUGGAGAUCCACCCCGUGUUCCCACAGGCGCCGCAGUCGCCGAGGCAUGCGGCCAAAGAGGACAAAGACAAGGACAAGUCCAAGCCCAAGCCCAAGCGGAAGACUGUGGACAUCCCAGCGCGGCCGCCCUCUGCCCUAGCAGCCCACUCCUGGAACUCGGGCCACACCAAGGAGCCCGUCCAGGAGACGCCGUCAUCGCCGUGGUACAAGCUCACCAACGGCGCCCUGUCACCGCCGCGCCACGUCUCCGCCUUCCAGCCCGAGACGUCCUACCUGAGGAAAGCCACCAUCCCCACCAUCCCCACGCUGCCCCACAGCCAGCCCGUGGCCAUCGUUGCCCCCCAGCCCAAGAAGAGCCCCUCCUCGACCUCCGAUUGGCCCAGCAGCUCGCCCGACACAGGCUCCAGCCCGCCCAGCGGCAGCAGCAGCAGUGGGGGCAGCGAGGGCCCAGAGAGCCCCCAGCACCAGCGCGGCUCCAAGUUCCCCUCCAUGGGCAUCGGGCAGAUCCUGAAGAAGCGCGUGCCACCAUUCAGCUUCCGGGCCGAGCAGGCAGCGGAGGUGGAGUCGCCCACACCCUACCACAUGCAGACUCUGCUCUGUACCUCGGGGAAGGCGCUCAAGACUCUCUGCUGAGCAACAGCAGCUAGCGGCAACCCCUAAAGACCUCUCUCCAUGGUGACGACCUCCGUCCCGUCUCCUUUUAAACUCCUCUACACGGCUGCUUACCUGACCAGCAUCACCACGCCAAUAUAACCCCUCGCUGUUUGGACACUUAACUUAACAUUUGGUUCCUCUUUGUGACUUAAUGACCUCAUAUCACAUUUUACUGAUACGUGACUGUGGAGACUUUGAGAGAUUUCGACAGAAAAGCCCUUCACAGAUAUUUGCUUGGAUAUGGGGAGGGGGGGAGGGGGCUUUUGAGUACUUUAAAAGAACAAACAUGUACCUCAGCACUGAACAGUACUUAUCACUAGGAAUAACGAUGAUUAUGUGAUAUCACCAGUAGUGUGUUUAAAAAAAAAAACUGAGUCACUGGAGGCUAAAGCUUUGCGAAUGUGAUGUGGCCAUAUCCAACUUAGUAGGAAAUGGCUUUUGUUUUUCACGUAACCCUUGCGCAAUCUCGCAUGACAUGUCACUGCAGACAGUUAAUAUGUCACCAGCGCACGCAAGGCGUUGUAAGUUUCCAGUUCUGUACAUGCAUUCGUUUCUGUCUCUGAGCUCUUCCAAACCAAGCAAUAUACAAGCAACUACCUUUACUGUGUUUGAGCAAAUUGUGUCAGUCUUCCUCGCGAGUUGAUAAAGCUGCUAGGUGUACAUUACAAACAAAUGAAGAUCUACCUAAAAGCAAACGACUUUUUUUUUUUUUUUUUUUAAAGCCUGGAAGUGCACAUGACUUUGGAUUUGUCAUUUUGUAACGUUAUAUACUUGCCCUGUUUCUCUUUGUAGAGUGCCACAGGGGUUUGUGUCAGUGUUGGCUUUGUGUGUCAAUUGUUAUGGCCUUAAUUCUCUCAUGGACGCCAGUUUUAGGCUGAAGUGGAGAAAGAAAAAAAAAAAGUCAAGGGAUGAACGUGAAUGGGUUUCUAUGAACUAUGAAAAAAGACUAUGUGUGCAAUGGUGUGUAUAUAUUCUCUGACAGAAGUACAUUUUGUUCUAUGAAUAAAGACCAGAGUUGAGCAGGAAAAUGAGUUUGUACAUAUGACAUAAGUGUCUUGAUAUGUCUUGUGCUUGUAUUUCGUCUUCAGCUGUGAUUUAAUACUCCACUGUAGAUCCACACAGUUACUGAAGUUACUGACUUGACAACCUUUUUUCACGGGUCCAGAAGGCUUUACACUGUUAAAAAGAGAAGCUUUUUUUCUGUCAGACUUGCAUGCAAAGACUUUUGGUACUUGCUGUUUUUGGAUAAAACUUUGUAAUUGUUUUGGUGAGAGAAAAUACUGAAAUGGAGGUGUUUUGUAAGCUUUUGUAAUGACAGGAUUUGCUUAUGAGUGAAGAGAUUAUGAUGUACAAAAAUAAAUACUUAUAUUUCAAAAAUUUAAAAA